UCUAUUUCGUUCGAAAGUGAUAUUUCGAUCGUUUUCGAAUUUACCAUUCCCUAUUCCAAUCGUUUUGCUCGUUUCGAACGAAAGUGUUAGAAAAUUUCGAAUAUGCAUCGAUCUGUCAAAAACCGAUAAACAAAAAGAAACACCGUAUUAAAUAGCGGCGAGUGCGAGUUGAAUUUCAGUUAAUUUUUGAUCCUAAGAGAAAUUUGUGAGAAAAUUUUCUCGUUCAAUGGAUUCCGUUUUGUUACCGAUUUUGGCGGAGCAAGAAGAAAUUGGAAUGCCUUGCUACCAUCGGCGAAACCACCGAAAAUCAACCGACUUCAUAAAACUUUCUGAUGAAGCAUUCAUCAAAAGUUUUCGUCUAAGUAAGGAAGCUUUUCGGUACGUUUUAGAGGAAAUUGAGAACUGCCUUACCACAAGGAAAGGUGGUCUAUCCACGGAGGUGAAACUCGCAGCAUGUUUGCGAUUCUUUGCUGAAGGAAAUUAUCAACAUGGAGCAGGGCAAGAUUAUCACAUUGCCAUAGCACAGCCCACAUUUUCCAAGGUGCUGACUGAAAUGCUUAACAUUCUGGAGCGGACACUGUGUAAGAAAUGGAUUUCCCUAAAUAUGACGGAAGACGAACAGCGGCGUGCUAAACUACACUUCUAUCAGAAAACAUCAAUUCCGGGUGUUAUUAUGUGUUUGGAUGGAACCCACGUAAAAAUUAUUCCACCUAAGCUGAAUCGAAAUUUGUUUUUUAAUCGGAAGGGAUUUUAUAGUCUCAACGUUCUGAUUGUUUGUGACGAUCAGCAAAGGAUUCGUUUCGUUGAUCCUACCUUCCAGGGAUCUAAUCAUGACUCUCAUAUAUGGCGUGUAAGCCCUGCAAGAACUCACUUUGAGCAGCUUCACCAAAAUGGUGAAGUUAAUACUAAGAUUCUAGGUGAUGCUGGUUAUCCAUCGGAACCUUGGUUAGUAACGCCAUUCAGAGCAGCGGAGGAAGGGAGUUUGGAGAGCGAUUUUAAUCGCAGGCAUGCCUUGGGUCGUGCUAUCGUCGAGCGGACAAUCGGUUUACUAAAAAAUCGGUUUAGAUGCAUCCUUGGCGCGAGACAACUUCACUACAAUCCUACUAAAUGCGCUCAAAUUAUAAAUGUAUGCUGUGCACUUCACAAUAUAUGCUUAGAAUUUGGUCGUUCUCAGUAGUUAUAA